GUUGGAGCACGCUGCUUCUAUGGAGGCGUUGCAGAAGCAGAAGAUCCUCAACGCGAAAAGGAUGGAAGUCGCAAAGGCCGCUCACGAGGCCGAAGUGAAUAGAUUGCGUGGUGAGUCGGAGGCCCUUCGAAGGGAGCACGAGCACCUGGCUGAGAAACGGCGUCAGGAGUUGCUGCUCAUGAUUCAACAAGGUCGGAAAGCUGAGGCAGAGUCCUUUCAGCAAACCAUGGCCUUUGCCCAAGAGGCACAAGCAACCCAGCUCAGGGGCAUACAAGAGGCCAUGAGGCAAAGCCAACUUCAUCAGCAAGGUUUGCAAAGGAAUUUGUCGGAAAGCCUUCGUGCAAUCGCAGCCCACCAGGAACAUGUUGAUGCAGCUGCCCGCCGUGCAGCGGAAAUGGCAAAUCAAGAGGCCUCCAGUCCUGCGAGACUUCUGUUGCCCAUUGCGAACUUUGCCAUGAGCUUCUUCCCAUCAGCUGCGCCAAUGAUUGGGGCGGCUGCAUCUGCACUGACAGGAGCUUUUCAUUCUGCCUGCAGCCACGCCGUGUGUGAUCCGUGCCUUCGGCAGCUGGUGCUGAGCCAGCUUCCGAAGAGCCGCGAGCAGUGGCAGCUCGAGAUCCUUUGCCCCGAGCCUUUGUGCCAGAAGCGAGUCCCUCAGCGCUUGGUCGCCAAAGUCAAAGAGGCCGAUGACCUUGCGAAGGCCAUCGACACGGACGGCCUUUGGCCAAGCCUCGGAGACGAGGUUUCGCAGCGCUGCCCCCUCUGUGGGAAGGAGGCGGCGGUGCAUGUAAACCGGGCUUGUGGCCAUGCAGCCUGCGAGAGCUGCUGGCUCGACGGCCUCGAGGAGAAGCUCCGCUGGUGCCGCGAGAAUGCCGCCAUGGACAUCCCGUGUCCGCACCCGGGCUGCCAUGAGGGCUGCUACGAUGUGCUGCGCCACUUCGAGAGCCCGUUCCUGGAGGAGCUCGAGCUCUAUGUCCGGGAGGCCAAAGUGCAGCUCGUCGAGUUCUCGUCGUGGGCCGUGCACGGCCCUCCCGGGGCUCCGGGACCCGUCUGUCCGGUGUGCGAGCGCCAGUCCAUGGCAGUGCUGCAUUGCCUUUGCGGCCUGGCAGCUUGCUCGUCUUAUUUGAAGACCCGGAAACUGCAGCUAAGGAACCUUCUUGCGGUGCUGCCUCCUUCUCUCACGAAGGGCUUUCAGGAGCAGCGGGCCUUGGUCAAGACGCAGCAGCAAGAGCUGAAGUACACGGGCCGAUCUUCAGCUCCGUCCCCUCAAAGCCCGAACGAUCGGCGCCUUUUUCCUUACGCCGUACCACGGAACCUGCGGGCCGGGCCGCCCCCCGCCUGCGUCGUCUGUGGAGAGAACGCGAUGGUUCUGCUGCGCCCGCCGUGCUGCCCCAAGGAUCAUGCUGCCUGCCAAACUUGUUGGGCGCGCUGGGGCGAGGAGCGAGGCGAGAGCAAUCUCCACGAGGAAGACUGGCUGUGCCCCGGCUACAGCUUUACAGGCCGCUAUGUUCUCCAAGAGUUUCAGGCGUUUGCGGCUUGGUUGUACGACGGCUCAGGUCGCUGGUACGUGAAUUCGGACCUUGGCAAGUCAGGAUUGAAUUCGGUCGACUGCCCUCAGCCCGGCUGCGUGGGCUUGGGCUACCUGGGCUUCGACACGGUGAUGUGCUUCAUCUGCGAGCACCAGUGGGAUGCGACCGAGGGAAUCCUCGGGGAGGAGACGGAGCUGCCCGAGGGAGAGGAGGCGGGGCGGCCGCAUUUGUUCAGGAUCUGCCCAUAA